UGCAAACCUCUUCAUUACACUGUCAUCAUGAGUCAUCAACGCUGUACACAGAUGGCUGUCACGAUCUGGACUCUUGGCUUUUUUCAUGCCUUGCUGCAUGCCAUUAUGACCUCACGUUUAAACUUCUGUGGUUCUAAUCAUAUUGACCAUUUCUAUUGUGACAUUAAGCCAUUGCUAGAUGUGGCCUGUGGGAGCACCGAGCUCAACCAGUGGCUGCUCAAUGUUGUCACAGGGACAAUUGCCAUAGGCUCAUUCUCUCUAACACUUCUCUCCUAUUUCUACAUUAUCACCUAUCUCUGCUACAAGACCCGUUCUUGCAGCAUGCUUCACAAGGCACUGUCCACUUGUGCAUCACACUUUAUGGUAGUUAUUCUUUUUUAUGUUCCUGCUGCCUUCACUUAUACUCGUCCUACUUCAGGAAGCACCAUGGACCAGGACUGGAUCGUUGCUAUCAUGUACACUGUGGUCACCCCUGUUCUAAAUCCACUGAUCUAUACUUUGAGAAACAAGGAGGUCAAAGAGGCAUUGAGUAGGAUAAUCAGAAAAAGACACUGA